ACCCUCAAGCUCAUAAAUUUCAGUAAUUACCGAUCCCUUCUUCUUCUGCAUCACCUCUAAACCUCCAAUCUCUUCUCCCUCAACAAAAGGGCAAUCCCAAAUCGCCGAAAGAUCCAAUCCUAUCUUUGUUCUCAAUUUACAAGAAAUAAAACUUGCAAAGCCAUGGCACUUGCUAGAGAAAUCAUGGGCACAUCUUUAAUGGAGAGAUCUUCAUUUCCAGGCCUGAUUCUGAGCCAGAGAAAGUGCAGAUUUUUCCUGCCCUGCGAAGGGAAGAAGGAGGUACAACAAGUGAUGCGUAGAGGGGUCAAGAGUACAACCCCUGUUGCAGCCAUCAGUGAGGAUUUGGAUUUGGUCAAAGUGGUGCCUGAAAAGGCCGUGAAGUUUAAGGUUAGGGCAGUGGUGACUGUCAGGAACAAGAACAAGGAAGAUUUGAAGGAAGCCUUAGUUAAACAAUUGGAUGCUUUUACAGACAAGAUUGGUAGAAAUGUUGUCUUGGAACUCGUCAGCACCGGUAUUGAUCCAAAAACCAGAGCUCCAAAGAGAAGCAAUGGAGCUGUACUCAAAGACUGGUCCAAGAAAUCGAACCUCAAAACUGAGAGAGUGAACUACACAGCUGAUUUCAUGGUGGAUUCCAAUUUUGGGGUUCCUGGUGCAAUCACAGUGGCUAAUAAACACCAGCAGGAAUUCUUUCUUGAGAGCAUCACCAUUGAAGGGUUUGCCUGUGGCCCUGUCUACUUCUCCUGCAAUUCUUGGGUUCAGUCCAAUAAAGAUCACCCUGGAAAAAGAAUCUUCUUCUCUAACCAGCCAUAUUUGCCGAACGAAACUCCUGCGGGGCUGAAAGCCCUGCGAGAAAAGGAGCUGAGGGAGCUGAGAGGAGAUGGCAAGGGAGAAAGAAAGCUAUCCGAUCGAGUAUAUGAUUUCGACGUGUACAACGAUCUCGGAAAUCCAGACAAGGGUAUCGACUCUGCUCGACCCAUUCUCGGAGGCGACAAAAUCCCAUAUCCGAGACGCUGUCGAACAGGGCGUCCUCCUACGGACACCGACAUGUACUGCGAGAGUCGAGUGGAGAAACCGUUGCCGAUGUACGUGCCUAGAGACGAGCAAUUCGAAGAGUCGAAGAUGCAUGCUUUCUCGACAGGGAGGCUCAAGGCUGUGCUUCAUAACCUCAUACCGUCGUUGAUGGCCAGCAUUUCCGCGAGUAAUAAAGAUUUCAAAGGUUUUUCGGACAUCGACAGCCUUUACAGCGAAGGACUUCUCCUUAAACUUGGUCUGCAGGACGAGAUUUUGAACAGGAUCCCGAUGCCGAAGGCCGUGACCAAAAUUCAAGAAGGCGGCCUCCUUAAAUACGACAUUCCGAAGAUCAUAUCCAAGGAUAAAUUUGCGUGGCUGCGCGACGAUGAAUUCGCGCGCCAAGCUGUCGCCGGCGUGAACCCUGUUAACAUCGAGAGGCUCCGGGCUUUCCCUCCCGUCAGCGCACUCGAUCCUGAAAUCUACGGGCCGAGAGAAUCAGCCCUGAAAGAAGAACACAUCACCGGACAGCUCAACGGCAUGACCGUCCAAGAGGCGUUGGAUGCGAACAAGCUGUACAUCAUCGACUACCACGACAUUUACUUGCCGUUCCUCGACAAGAUAAACGCGCUCGACGGUCGAAAGUCGUAUGCCACGCGCACGGUGUUUUUCUUGACGGAUGCUGGCACUCUCAAGCCGGUAGCGAUAGAGCUCAGCCUCCCGCCGACCUCGUCGACUUCACGAUCGAAGCGGGUGGUCACGCCUCCUGUCGAUGCUACGUCGUACUGGAUGUGGCAAUUGGCGAAAGCUCAUGUUUGCUCGAACGACGCCGGUGUCCAUCAGCUCGUCAACCAUUGGUUACGUACUCACGCGGCGCUCGAACCGUUCAUUUUGGCGGCGCAUCGGCAGAUGAGCGCGAUGCACCCGAUUUUUAAGCUUUUGGAUCCGCACAUGCGAUACACGUUAGAGAUCAAUGCGUUGGCGAGACAAGGGUUGGUCGCCGUCGAUGCCGUGAUCGAGUCUUGCUUCACUCCCGGCCGGUAUUGUAUGGAAAUCAGCGCCGCCGCCUACAAGAACUUUUGGCGAUUCGAUCAGGAAAGCCUCCCAGCCGAUCUCGUUCGAAGAGGAAUGGCGACGCCCGACCCAACGCAACCGCACGGGAUCAAGCUCGUCAUGGAGGACUACCCGUACGCGACGGACGGGCUAAUGAUAUGGGGCGCGAUCGAGAACUGGGUCCGUAGCUACGUGAACCAUUACUACCCCGACUCGGCGAACGUCUGCAACGACAAGGAGCUCCAAGCGUGGUACGCCGAGUCGAUCAACGUGGGCCACGCCGAUCUCCGCCGCGCCGACUGGUGGCCAACGUUAGCCACUCCCGAGGAUCUAAUAUCGAUCCUUACGACCAUAAUCUGGCUCGCCUCGGCCCAGCACGCCGCCCUGAAUUUCGGGCAGUACCCGUACGGCGGGUACGUCCCGAACCGGCCGCCGCUCAUGCGUCGUCUGAUCCCCGAUGAGAACGACCCCGAGUAUUCGGUGUUCCUCUCAGAUCCGCAGAAGUACUUCUUCUGCGCGCUGCCAAGUUUGCUGCAGGCGACGAAAUUUAUGGCGGUGGUGGACACGUUGUCGACGCACUCCCCCGACGAGGAGUACCUCGGGGAUAGGCAUCACCGGUCGAUAUGGUCAGGCGACGCGGAGGUGGUCGAGGCGUUUUACGAGUUUUCGGCGGAGAUUCGGCGGAUUGAGAAGGAGAUUGAGCGGAGAAAUGAGGAUGCGAGGCUGAAGAACAGGUGUGGGGCGGGAGUGAUGCCAUACGAGCUUCUUGCGCCGAGUUCGGAGCCCGGGGUCACGUGCCGGGGCGUGCCUAACAGCGUGUCUAUAUGAUUAUGUAUGUAUGUAUGUAUGUAUAUUUUGUAGUUUAAGAUUGUUGCAAUGGUUGUUUAACACAACCUAGGAAAUUAAUGAAUGUAUAAUAUUGCCAAGUAAUAGUUUAAAUUUUAACUUCAUAUUCAA